GGUAAAGCAGAGCUAGACGGUGGACUGUUGCCGCCGCUGUGGGAGUUGUUGUUAUUAAAACUAACGACAUAUUUCCUCUUUUUUCGUGAAAUCUAUUUUGGACGCAUUCGAACUCAGCGGGGAAGUAAAUAUUUCUGUUUUUGUUGACUGUUCAACCGCCAACGAGCGACCGCGGCGAGUCAAGUGGGAACUCUUCACUGCAAUUAACUUGUGUGGAUUUGUUUGUGAUGCUGUGACUGAGAGCCGACAGUUUGCGGCUGUCUGUCGAGGGUCUACUGGCUUGACUUUCCUUGUUUGUUUGUUUGUUUGUCUCUGUACUCGGAAUACAUCGGAUUCUACACAACACAAACGCUGGAGUGAUUGAGGUAGCUCCAGCCUUUUUUCAUUCUCACCUGGUCCGCACCCUCUCUCCCUCCCUCCCCCUCCAGCUAAUGAGCCGUUUCCCGUGUUUUUCCGGUUGAUUUACGGCCGCGCUGCCGGUGGAGCGGAGGAGAAACAACGACGGAAACAUAGCGAGAGACAGCGAGGAGCAGGGAUUCACUUUAAACGGUCCGUGAACUCGGACGGAGCGGUCGGUUUUGUUUGAAAUUUACGACAGUUGGUCCUGUUAAUAACGGCGGAUGGAUUCGUCUCCGUGAUCCGGAGCACCCCCACACCCUCACUGUGCCCUAGUUUGAUCCCUCGAAGUGGGGUUUUAAGAAGGAAACGGUUGCAUCCUCCCGGAGAUAACAAUGUUUCCCCAGGGGCGACACCCGACGCCCCACCAGGCUCCUGGCCAGCCCUUCAAGUUCACCAUCCCAGAGUCACUGGACCGCAUCAAGGAGGAGUUCCAGUUUCUCCAGGCACAGUACCACAGCCUCAAGAUGGAGUGUGAGAAACUGGCCAGUGAAAAGACGGAGAUGCAGAGACACUAUGUUAUGUACUACGAGAUGUCUUAUGGCCUCAACAUCGAAAUGCACAAACAGACUGAGAUUGCCAAGAGACUAAACACCAUCUGUGCACAAGUCAUUCCCUUCCUCUCACAGGAGCACCAACAACAGGUGGUCCAAGCUGUGGAGCGAGCCAAACAGGUGACCAUGGCAGAGCUAAAUGCUGUCAUCGGGGUACGCGGACUGCCAGGUCUUCCACCGACCCAGCACCUAUCCCAUAACCAUGGUGGUGCCCCUGUGCCCCUCACCCCUCACCCUGCCGGCCUCCCCCCUUCUCAGCUGGGUGGUUCUGCUGGUCUCCUGGCUCUAUCAGGAGCACUUGGUGCUGUUCCUCCCCACAUGUUGGGAAAAGACAUUGGUGAUAAAAAACCACACAUGUCCGGACCAGACUCGCACACUUCAGGACCUGAACACCUGAGAGAGCGAGAGCCCAGCACAAGUAACUCAUUGCUGCCAGAAAGUCUUAGGAACUCAGAUAAGCGACGCAAUGGACCUGAGUUUCCAAACGACACCAAGAAACGCAAGGUGGAUGACAAGGACUCAAGUCACUAUGACAGCGACGGGGAGAAAAGUGAUGAUAACUUAGUGGUGGAUGUCUCGAAUGAGGAUCCAGCCUCCCCUCGUGGCACGCCUCUUCCCUCCCCGAGAGAAAACGGCCUGGAUAAAGCACGCCUUCUCAAAAAAGACCCUUGUAGUCCAGCCUCUACUGCAUCAUCAGCCAGCUCCUCCUCCCUCAAGUCCAAAGAGAUGGCAAUGCGAGACAAGGCAGGUACACCUGGGCUAAAGUCAAGCACACCCACACCUAGAGGGGACUCCACUCCUGGUCCAAGCUCCACUCCUGGAAUCCGACCCAGUCUAUCAAAACCGCCGUCCAUGGAGAUACCACAUCCACCCACUGCAGGUUUGCGGACCCCCCUGGCUGUACCAGGCCCAUACCCUGGUGCAUUUGGUAUGUUGCCACAUGCAGCAGGAAUGAACGGGGAGCUGGCAGGUGCAGCUGGAGCUGCGGCCUAUGCUGCUGGACUGCACAACAUGUCACCUCAGAUGAGCGUUGCUGCUGCGGCCGCUGUUGCUGCAUACGGCCGUUCACCCAUGGUCGGGUUUGAUCCUCAUCCUCACAUGCGAGUUCCUGGAAUGCCUCCCAGUCUGACAGGAAUCCCUGGCGGCAAACCAGCUUAUUCUUUUCACGUGGCUGCCGACGGACAGAUGCAGCCGGUACCGUUUCCCCCGGAUGCAUUGGUGGGCCCAGGGAUUCCUCGCCACGCCCGUCAAAUUAACACACUGAACCAUGGAGAGGUGGUGUGUGCCGUUACCAUCAGUAACCCCACCAGACACGUUUACACAGGAGGGAAGGGUUGCGUCAAGGUCUGGGACAUUAGUCACCCAGGAAACAAGAGCCCGGUGUCGCAGCUUGACUGUCUGAACAGAGACAACUACAUCCGCUCCUGCCGUCUCCUCCCUGAUGGUCGGACGCUGAUUGUCGGAGGUGAAGCGAGCACGCUGUCAAUCUGGGAUUUGGCCACGCCCACUCCCAGGAUUAAGGCAGAGUUAACAUCAUCAGCACCGGCAUGUUACGCUCUGGCCAUCAGCCCGGACUCCAAGGUCUGCUUCUCCUGCUGCAGUGAUGGAAACAUCGCAGUCUGGGAUUUACACAACCAGACACUCGUUAGACAGUUCCAGGGCCACACAGAUGGAGCCAGCUGUAUUGACAUCUCCAAUGACGGCACUAAGCUGUGGACCGGAGGUCUCGAUAACACUGUCCGCUCCUGGGAUCUGAGAGAGGGACGGCAGCUGCAGCAGCAUGACUUUACAUCACAGAUCUUCUCUCUCGGCUACUGUCCGACAGGAGAGUGGCUCGCUGUGGGGAUGGAGAGCAGCAACGUUGAGGUCCUUCAUGUCACCAAGCCUGACAAAUACCAGCUUCAUCUACAUGAGAGCUGUGUACUCUCUCUGCAGUUUGCCUAUUGUGGUAAAUGGUUUGUGAGCACAGGGAAGGAUAACUUACUGAAUGCAUGGAGGACACCCUAUGGAGCCAGCAUUUUCCAGUCUAAAGAAUCGUCUUCGGUGUUAAGCUGUGACAUAUCUGUGGAUGACAAAUACAUCGUCACUGGUUCAGGGGACAAGAAGGCCACAGUCUACGAAGUCAUCUACUAAAACUGUGUAAAGAAAAGACGGAUUUGUUCUUUCCCACAUACCAGAUAUGUUUCUAGACAUUUUCAAGUGGAGCAAGAAAUCUCAAACAAGAGUGACCUUGAUGGCGCAUUCUUUUUCUUCUGUUACAUCUGCCGAGGAAACACAGAAAGGAGACAAACAUUUUUCAUGCACAUAUCUGUUGUGCCGGUAUAUGUGACUCCAUAUCAGCUGGGAAUUAACUGGAGCAGCUGGAUGUUAAGUGGAAGGAGAGGAACUAUUUGGAUGAUCUUGUCUCUGCUGCUUUCUGCUACGGACUGCACUGGGAUCAGUUACAGGGACCAGACGAUAAGGACUGAACCAAAGGGGACACUGCAUUGUUUUGACUGGGACCAGCUCUUCUGGAGAACACUGCGCUGAAAACACACACGAUUCAGUGUCACGGCCAGGGGCAGAGACCCUAGAGCGAACACUCGAACCAGAUGGUUGAACAUGUAAACAAAUAGCAGAUGGAAAAGAGGAGAAUGUGGACAGAAACUGACAAAAUAAUGGAGCGACGGAGGAGGACAGUGAAUGCAGAACAUGUUAGUUUGCAUUUUGUUGCAGACAGACGAAGCUCGCAGCCUGUUGAUCUCUCAGCUCCGAUGCUCUGACCGUAGAACCUCAGCUUGCUGUUCUGAUACGCCUACACUGUCUGAAAAAGUACCUUCUCUGUCUUAACAGCGAGUCCUGUUCUCACUAAACUACACUGUAGUGGGAGCUGUCCACCUACAUGAUAAGUACACAAAAAUAAUAUGACUGAAGGCCAUGUUGACUUCUUUAGUAUCAUGAUAUAGUUUAUUUCUGUUAUGGGUUAGUUUGAUCCUCACAAAGAAAAUUAUGUUUUCAUAAUUCGAACAAUUUCAGACGCCACUAGAAAAUAUUCACUUGAAUAGGAAUGGGAAUUGAACAGAUUUUAUUGAUACCAAUGGCAUUGAUGAUUCUGCUCAUCGGACUGAUUCUUUUUGGAUUCCCUAAUUGAUUUCUAAUCAGUUUUACGUGUGGGGGGUAGGCCUACACAAGUUUCCAGUUUCAAGGCAAAAGUUUUAUCAUCAGAGUAGAAAAAAGUCAUGCAUGUGACUAAUGUGCAAAAGCUCCACUGUGAUCAUCAUCUACAAUGGUUGGAAUAUUUGCACAGCAUUCAAUUUCAUUUAGGUUCUUAGGCAGAGAAAAAUAAUUUGCUAUGCCUGGCUGCGUGGCGCUGAUGCUAUUUCAGCAGGAUAUUUACCCCCAGUAACCGAUGUGCUGCUUGAUUGGAAAGCAGUGGCACUUUAGUGUCAAAUACAUGGCAUCACUGGAAUUUAAACCCAUGCUAUGUGGAAAGAUGUUUCAGUGUAUUGCUGGUGUCCACCCUUACUUGAAAUUAUAAUUUUGCAGACAAUAUAGCACCACCAUGGUCAUCUAACGUGAAGGAAUAGGAUUGCGAUGGAUCAGACAGCUCUUGAUUCCUAUCCCUGUACUUGAUCCAAAAUGUGUCAUCAGCUGCACAUGUUGGUAGAGCAAUACCUUUACUCCUACUGUAACUGAGUUGACCUGAAACAUUUCAGAGACUCUGUAUUUAUAAUUGGUCAGCUGGUUAGUAUCAGAUUUACAGAUAGCCCCUUUGAAACGGUCUUGUUGAAGCCGAGACGUCAUCCUGCUGUUAGGUUUAAGGCAGCUAAUUUGCUUGUGGUCUUUGGUUCAUCGGUUGAGAUUACUAUGAGUAAAAGGAAUAGUCUAAAAGUUCAGAUUUUCCCCCUUUAAUUUGAAAUAAAAAAAACAACCCUUUGAUAACCGCCUCCACUGUUGUAAAUUCACCCUGCCUUCAUCACUGUGUGGAUGGUUCAUCACGCUUCAUAAACAGGGACCAACUAGUUCUAAAAAGAUAAUUUUUUAUGAUUAAAUUAACCUUCUGUUUAAAUAAGUGAAAGGUCCGUUCUACCAUUUUCGUUAAACAAAUAACUUAUAAAAACAGAAUUGCCUUUUUUUAAAACCUUCACUUGUUUUGCUAAUAUUCUUGAAUGUGGGAUAUUUGUGAAAUUGCCUUGAAAAGAACAACUGUGUCAUGUAGCUUUUUCACUUUAUGAAAGACAACAAACAAGAUUCAGUUAUUUGUCACGAUAGUCUUACAGAGAAAGGUGCAGAUGUAUUUCAGCUUCAGGAAGGAGUCAGUCAGUUUCAGCCAUUUUAAAUGCAUUAAUUUCAUGACCUUAUGUUUAGUUUUUUUGUUUUUUUUAAAUAUAUUUUUGUCUGUUGAAUGUUUGUAAAAAUGUAUAUAUAUGUUUUUUUUCUUACAAGACAUGCUUUAGAAAUAACAAACGUUUUUGUACGUCUUUUACAUGGAAAAGAAAUGUCUAAUCAGGAGAAAUACUAAAUGGUCUUAAUGCUAGCUAAUCUAAAAUGAUUGAAAUAUCUAGACAAUAAAUGUGUU